GGCCAAGCAACUCGGUUCAUUCAUCCGGGAGGCUCUAACAUGAUCAUCGGGUAUUAGGGCCAUAAAGCGCAAGCGCAAGAUCAUGGAUAAAGCCUACCACUAGGCGUCACCAAUGGCGUUUGAGGGUGGGCAAACCAGCGCGGAGGAUGGGGAGCAGUAGGUACAGCGAGGAGGACGAGAAGGCUGCUCCUUUCUCCUCCACAUGCGCUAUAACCCGGUCAAUAUCAAGAGAUCUCGGACUCUUCACUCCGCGAAAGGGGGGACAGAGGGAUAUCUCAGCACCAGGCGAGAGAGGGAGGAGUAUAAAUAUCAAAACAAAAGGUCUACAACCGAUACUGGGCGUCAUGCGAGUAGCAAUCGGACGUCUGCCCAACAUCAACCGGAGCAAGAGACCCGCAAAAAAAUGGUGGAGAGAGGGUCAGAGGGAUCGAAAAGAAGAUGGAGAGGGUCGUGUAGUCAGGAUUCGUGGUUUUGGCGUUUGGGAGUUUUGGUUAUGUGGAUCACGACAUGGGAGGAAAGGAGGAUGUUCCUGUUCUGUGUUUGCUCGGCUCCUUCGAUGGUGGUUACUGGGUGGCUUUCUCCUCCGUUCUUUCGCAUGUCUUUCUGUUUGGGUAUUCUCUCUUUGUCAUCUCCUAUCUUUUCUUUCCUAACGCUCUGCUCGUUUGGUUUCCUUCGCCCCUACGCGCACGCAGUUUGUCCUUCAACCUGUCUUUUACCUUCCUGGUCCCGCGAGAUUGACACCUAGACCAUCUGCUUUUUACAUAGGCAUCACAAUGACGC